GGCCAGGCGUCCAGAGCCAGCUCGGGGUGCGGUGCCCCAGGCCCCACGUGCGCCUCGCCGGACUGGACGGACAAGCGGACCUGCCUCCGAGGACCUGAGCCGGUAAAACUCAUCAGUGCUUUGAAAUAAACAGCUUUCAACCAAAGGAGUUUGAUACUUAAAUAAAGAAGAUGGUGAAAGAAAAGAAAAAAGAGAAAAAGAUAGAAAAGUCUGUCUACUCUCCCUCAUCUCUGUCUGAUAAUCCAGAGAUUUCCAAGCAAGAUGGCAAUUCUACUAGACAAGAAAUGUCCAUAAUCACUACCCUACUACCACUGGCACUAAAUGAGCAGGGAUUAAAAAAUGGGUCCAGAAGUGAUCAUCAGCAAAAUGAAGAUGCCACUCGAUACGAAGAGCCCAUUCUGACCAAUCUCAUCAUCGAAAGCUAUGAAGGGGAGAAAGUCCACGGACUGUACGAGGGAGAAGGCUUUGCCGUCUUCCAGGGAGGCUGCACCUACUGCGGUAUGUUUUCAGAAGGACUCAUGCAUGGACAAGGGACUUACAUUUGGGCCGAUGGAGUGAAAUAUGAGGGAGACUUUGUGAAGAACAUCCCCAUGAACCGCGGCGUGUACACGUGGCCGGACGGCAGCACCUACGAAGGGGAAGUGGUCAACGGCAUGAGGAACGGCUUUGGCGUGUUCAAGUGCAGCAUGCAGCCCAUGUCCUACAUCGGCCACUGGUGCCAGGGCAAGAGACACGGGAAGGGCUCCAUUUAUUACAAUCAAGAGGGUACCUCUUGCUACGAGGGGGACUGGGUUCACAACAUCAAAAAGGGCUGGGGGAUAAGGCGUUAUAAAUCUGGAAAUAUAUACGAAGGUCAGUGGGAAAACAAUAUGCGCCACGGGGAAGGCACCAUGAGGUGGCUGACAACUAACGAAGAAUACAGCGGUCAGUGGGAGCGGGGCGUCCAGAAUGGUUUAGGAACACACACGUGGUUUCUAAAGAGAAUUCCCAACACCCAGUAUCCUUUGAGGAACGAAUACAGAGGGAGCUUUGUAAAUGGAUGUCGUCAUGGCUACGGGAAGUUUUACUAUGCCAGUGGAGCCAUAUAUGAAGGGGAGUGGGUUUCCAAUAAAAAACAUGGCAUGGGCCGAUUAACUUUCAAGAAUGGGCGUGUGUAUACAGGCCCUUUUUCCAAUGAUCAUGUAGCGGAGUUUCCAAAUCUCAACCAUGAAUUGAUAAAUAACCCAGACCUGUCCUCAGAAUCUGUCCUUGAGAACCAGUUUGGAGGAUCUUCCAGUGCCGAGAUUAUCAGAAGGCUCGAUGGCAGUGAGAGUCAUUCAGUGUUAGGCUCAAGCAUUGAGCUGGACCUGGUUCUGUUGCUAAGCAGGUACCCUGAGAAAGAGCAACCAGAGGAGAGGAAGCAGGUGGAAUAUGCUGUCCUAAGAAAUAUUACAGAGUUAAGACGAAUCUACAGCUUUUACAGCAGCCUGGGGUGUGAACACUCCCCAGAUAACACCUUCCUGAUGACGAAGCUUCAGUUCUGGAGGUUUCUAAAGGACUGCAGAUUCCACCACCAUAAGAUAACCCUUGCUGACAUGGACAGGGUGUUAAGUGCCUAUAAUGACAUACCAUUUGAAGACAUUCACUCUCCAUUCACAAAGAUACUUUUGAGAAUAUUUCUGAAUUACCUCCUGCAGUUGGCUUACCACAUUCAUCAUGAGGAAUUCCAAAACAGAAGCCCCUCUCUCUUCCUGUGUUUCACAAAACUGAUGACUGAGAACAUCCAUCCCAACGCCUGCCGCGUCAACGGCAGUUUGUUCAGCAGGCACCUGCGGGCACUCUACUCUAUGAAUUACAUCGACAUGUGCUGGGAGGUGUACAUGGCCUACUGCAAACCGAGUGCGGUGCCGCCCCACGAGCCCACCAUGAAGAUGAGGCACUUCCUCUGGAUGCUCAAAGACUUUAAAAUGAUAAAUAAAGAAUUAACAUCAGCCAAAUUUGUGGAGGUCAUAGCGGAGGACAACCCUUUCACGUACGACGGAAUUGACAGCAACUUUGAACUUGAGCUUGUUUUCCUGGAAUUCUUCGAAGCUCUCUUAAGUUUCGCAGCCAUCGCUGUUACCAACCAAAUAACUAAAUCCCAUGGAAGUUUCCAAAACUAUGACUUCAGUAAAAACAAACUGGGAACCACUUAUAUGACAGCAAAUAAGAACAGAAGUCUGAGUACAAUGACCAGCCAGGAGUCCACCACGCACAUGGGCAGCACCAGGUCGUCCCCAAGCAAGCUGUCGCUCUUGCUUGAUAGCAGCAAGAUCAAGACCCCAGAGCCCAAGUUAAGGAAGUCGCUAAGUGAUGACAGAAUUUCCAAAAUGAACUUUAAGACUCUAGGAAAAGGGCUCACCUUCUUAUUACCCCAAACUGAGAAAAAAGAAAAACCCAAGGAUGAUCCGAAAGACAAUCUCAACGUGUGGAUCGGCUGUGUGUGCUUCUUUUUUGUGAACACACUCUUCCAGGCCCACAGACAUGAAGAAACUCUCAAGGAAAAAGUAAAGGAAAACCGGUUGCGUCACGCGGCCAUGGCCAAGCAGAGGAAAAUUGAAAACGAGGAGCUAGAAGCCAGGCUGACUAGCCUGAGAGAGGAAGAGACCAGAAGACAAGACCACGAGGUCGACAUCACUGUGAUCAAGGAACCGGUGGACGUUGCAUCCCUGCAUUUUACAGCGAGCCUCCCUAGAGAGGACUCGGUGUCGGUCCAAUCCAAAUCCAUCAUAAGUAGGAAAAAGAAAAAAUAGAGGUUACUGGGUUUGUAAAUGAGCCCGGGAACCAUAGAUGUAAAAGGAGUUUAGAACCAAAGCACUGUAACGAAUUUCCUGACCAAUAAAAUGGUGUGUUCCUUCCUUGA